CCGGGCUCUCCGACGUGAGCUCCUGCUUUCCCCGGCUCGCUCUUACCCAGUGACGCCCAAGCCGGCAACAACUUCCUCUUUAUCUCCGCCUGUAGCUGCGUCGUUGUGACUCUGCCACCAUGUUCGAGGCGUGCCUGGUCCAGGGCUCCAUCCUGAAGAAGGUGCUGGAGGCGCUGAAGGAUCUCAUCAAUGAGGCCUGCUGGGACAUAAGCUCGAGCGGCGUCAACCUGCAGAGCAUGGAUACCUCCCACGUCUCCCUGGUGCAGCUCACCCUACGCUCCGAGGGCUUCGACACGUACCGCUGCGACCGCAACUUGGCCAUGGGUGUGAACCUCACCAGCAUGUCCAAUAUACUGAAAUGCGCUGGCAAUGAGGACAUCAUUACACUAAGGGCUGAAGAUAAUGCAGACACCCUGGCCCUAGUAUUUGAAGCUCCAAAUCAAGAAAAGGUUUCAGACUAUGAAAUGAAAUUAAUGGAUUUAGAUGUUGAACAACUUGGAAUUCCAGAACAAGAGUAUGGCUCUGUAGUAAAGAUGCCUUCUGGUGAAUUUGCACGUAUAUGCCGAGAUCUCAGUCAUAUUGGAGAUGCUGUUGUAAUUUCCUGUGCAAAAGAUGGAGUGAAAUUUUCUGCAAGUGGAGAACUAGGAAAUGGAAAUAUUAAGUCGUCACAAACAAGUAAUGUCGAUAAGGAGGAGGAAGCUGUUACUAUAGAGAUGAAUGAGCCAGUUCAGCUAACUUUUGCACUGAGAUACCUGAACUUCUUUACAAAAGCCACUGCACUCUCUCCUACAGGAACACUCAAUAUGUCUGCAGAUGUACCCCUUGUUGUAGAGUAUAAAAUUGCCGACAUGGGACAUUUAAAGUACUAUUUGGCUCCCAAGAUCGAGGAUGAAGAAGGAUCUUAGGUGUUCUUAAAAUCCAAGAAAAUAAAGUUAAGCUCUUUAAGAACUGCUUCUGAGAUGCCGGCAUGUACUAAGUUCGUCACCAAAUUUGUACCUCCUGAGUACAUAUGUAGAUAUUUUCUGUAAAUAACCUAUUUUUUCCUUCAUUCUUUACAAUUUGUUUAAAGAAUAAAAUCCAAAGUCAAAUUUGGUCUUAUUAACCUAGAAAUAUUUCUGCCUUACCUAAAAAUACUUGUGUAUUCAUAACAAAAGGGUUUUGAUUCUAAAUGCAGUUUUGAGAAUUUUUUUCAAUUUAAAUAUAAGUUUUUUGAAUU